AUGGAAGCGGCACUGCUUCAGAGCCUGCUGGAAGCGAACUGCAGCCUAGCGCUGGCCGAAGAGCUGCUCUUGGACGGCUGGACUCUGCCCCUGGACCCUGAGGGUCCCUACUCCUACUGCAACACGACCUUGGAUCAGAUUGGGACGUGCUGGCCCCGGAGCGCGGCCGGAGCUCUGGUGGAGAGGCCGUGUCCGGAGUACUUCAACGGCGUCAAGUACAACACGACCCGAAAUGCCUACCGAGAGUGCUUAGAGAAUGGGACAUGGGCCUUGCGGAUCAACUACUCACAGUGUGAGCCCAUUUUGGAUGAUAAGCAGAAGAAGUACGACCUGCACUACCGCAUCGCCCUCGUUGUUAACUAUCUGGGCCACUGCAUUUCCCUGGCUGCCCUCGUGGCUGCCUUCCUGCUCUUCCUGACCCUGCGGAGCAUCCGCUGUCUGCGGAACGCGAUUCACUGGAAUCUCAUCACCACAUUUAUCCUGCGAAACGUCAUGUGGUUCCUGCUGCAGCUCAUCGACCACGAAGUGCACGAGAGUAACGAGGUCUGGUGUCGCUGCAUCACCACUAUCUUCAACUACUUCGUGGUGACCAACUUCUUCUGGAUGUUCGUGGAGGGCUGCUACCUGCACACGGCCAUCGUUAUGACCUACUCCACCGAGCACCUGCACAAGUGGCUCUUCCUCUUCAUCGGAUGGUGCUGGUUUGGCAAGGAGCCUGGCUACCUGGUGGACUACAUCUACCAAGGCCCCAUCAUCCUUGUGCUCCUGCAACCCUUCUCAGGGGCCCAGCCCACUGCCCCCAGCCUGGAGCACAGAUACCAGAAUGAAGCAUAA